AGCAUCAUUAAUGAUGCUACUAAUGACCCCCCUGUUCUUCCGCCCGUAACAUAUGAAACCGCGUUUCGUCUAAAGAAAGAAAGAAAGAAAAAAAAAAUCCACAUUAUAGUUAUUUAUCGGCGACAUGUUUGACUGUUUGUUUCAAUAUAAAAUUUCUGGGUUUUUUUUUUUCUUGCUUCGUCUCCUGGUUUGCAAAUGAAUCUGCUGACUGGGGAGACCACACGGAGUGCACGGAGCUCGCUGUCAUCUAAAUGAAACCAGUUUGGCCUUGAAUGACAACUACAGCAACAAUGGAUCGAGUGAGGUCCGCGUUUAACAACGUGAUUAAAAGCGAGCGGUACAGCAGGUUCACCCUGCAGCCGAUGGAUGACGGCGAGAGCCACGUUGAGGUCAAACUUUCCGACGAUGCCACAGAUGAUGCCGUGGAGGUCGAGGGGCAGGCGGGGGGCUCUCCGAGCUACAGGCCAGCACUUCUGCAUCAGAACUGGCGUAAUAUUUGCUACCUGGCCCUGGGAAUCCUGAUGAUAUUUGUUACUGGCUACCUGGUUGGUUACAUCAGCCACCGUAAACCUCGAGUGGAGCCGGGGAACGCGGAGCCGGGGAACGCGGAGCCGGUGACGCCGCCUGCGGAUUUUGCACCAGCUCCAGAAUUUCACUUGGACUGGAAGGACAUCACCGAACUCCUCACGCAGAAACUCACCAGCCAGGCCUUUGACAAGACACUGAGGGAUUUCGAUCUGCCCAGGCGCUCGGCAGGAAGUGCAGAAGAUAUGAAUCUGGCAAACCGCAUCUUUGAUGAAUUCAAGAGGCUGGAGAUGGAUCCCUGGACCGACAGACACUAUGUUCAGCUGCAGAUGCCCGACAGCAAUCGCCCAAACCGUGUCCUUUUUGGGUCAAAUGUCUUCGAGCCUGUGGGGUACCUGGCCUACAGUGCUCCUGGGAAAGUGCAGGGCAAGCUGGUGUAUGGCAACUACGGUCGUCAGGAGGAUCUGGAUGUUCUGCAGAAGAAGAACGUCGAGCUGAAAGACAGUGUACUGCUGCUCCGGAGCGGAAAGAUCAGUUUUGCAGAGCAGGUGGAUAAUGCUGCAACAAAGGGGGCCUCUGCCGUUCUAAUCUACCCUGACAGUCAAGAUUACAAGUAUCAAGCGGACACAGCGCUGUACGGACAUGUCCAUCUGGGUUCAGGCGACCCUUACACGCCUGGAUUCCCCUCCUUCAACCACACCCAGUUCCCCCCAACCCAGUCGUCUGGCCUCCCCAAAAUCCCAGCCCAGACUAUCACCGCCAACAUGGCAUCUACUCUUCUACAGAAAAUCUACGGCCCUGAAUCAGAUGCGAGCAGCGGUUUUAAGGGCGGCUUCAGGUCAGUGUCUUACAGACUUGGAGGCAUCGAGAACAUCACUGUUGAGGUGAACAACGUGCUGGUGAACAGGGAGAUCCACAAUGUGUUUGGGGUCAUCAAAGGAUUCUCUGAUCCUGAUCGCUACGUUGUACUGGGAGCUCAGAGAGACGCCUGGGGUAAAGGCUAUGCCCGGGCCACUGUUGGCAGCUCCAUACUGUUGGAGCUGGCCAAGGCUGUUCACGAGAUGGUGGAGAACGAUGGAUUCAGGCCGAGGAGAAGCCUUGUGUUUGCAAGCUGGACUGCUGGAGAGUAUGGAAAUGUUGGCGCCACUGAGUGGUUGGAGGGUUAUAUGUCCUCUAUUGACAAAAGCGUUUUCACCUACAUAAGCCUGGAUGGAGCAGUUAUGGGUCGGGGUAGCUUUAUGGCCUCAGCUAGUCCGCUGCUCUUCAGCCUCAUUGAGCGCACAAUGAAAGAGGUGAAGAGUCCUCUUGGUUCUGGCACUGUGUACGACAUGGUGGGGAGGAAAAACUGGGAGGCCAAUACACUGAAGCCAAUGUCGAUAGACGACCCUGCCUAUCCCUUCCUGGCCUUCUCUGGAAUUCCCUCCAUCUCGUUCCACUUCAUGUCCCCCGAUACUGAGUCCUACACUUACUAUGGCACCAGCCUGGACAACAUGGAUCACCUGGAUUACCAAACCAACCACUGCACCAGCGAAAUGACGGCGGUGGCGGCGCAGUUUGCCGGCCAGAUGGCCGUGCGACUGGUCCACGACCACCUGCUCAGUCUGGACGUGAGCCGCUACAGCAGCAUCCUCACCACGGCUGUGGCCCAGAUCUACAAACGCAUCAACCAGCUCUUACGGUCUGGUCAGCUGAAGGACGUGAGUCCCAGCUGGCUGAACCGUGCACGAGGCUCCUUCUACCGAGCUGCUGACAGCAUCAACAGAGCCGUCGUCAACACUGACUUAAAUGACAAGGAGGCCUGCCGGAUCAUCAAUGACAGGAUCAUGAGGGUUGAGCACACCCUCCUCUCUCCAUAUGUGUCCCCCAUUGAGACUCCCUUCCGUCACCUCGUGCUGGGCCGGGGCUCCCACACUUUGGCAUCCAUCGCUGAGGCCACCGACAUGGAGCGGCUCCGCACCCAGCUGGCCCUGGCCACCUGGAACCUGCAGGGGUGUGCCAACGCCAUGGUGGGAAACAUCUGGGACAUCGACAACGAAAUCUAAAAGGGGGGGUACAGAGAUGUGAAAACCCGGGGUAUGAUGUGUGUGUGUGUGUGUGUGUGUGUGUGUGUGAGAGAUGAAUUGUAGAGCAGAGUGAGGAGCUCCAAUGUCAGCACUCAAGCACAAACUGUCAAUCAGAGGUCCCACCCUUUAUAUACAGGCUUAUAAUCAAGUUUUUAUGUGGGGAACAGACCUUCUGUCCCACAAAGAGCCAGGAGGAGAUAGAAAAGUAAUUAAAAGUAUCACAAAAAAAAAAGAAAAAGAAGUGAACCAGCACCAAAUACUUGAAGAAGUUAGAUGCUUCAGACAAAUCGCCUCCUCCUGGCUCCACCCUAACACAUCACACCUGUCCAAGCUUUAGCUGUGACCUCUUGCCAUCAAAACACUGAGAAACCUUAUUUACACUUAUGUUAUUUGUUUUUUUUUGUUUGUUUUUUUAUCAGUGGCAGUGUCCACUAUAAAGUUAUUGUUUGUCUUUUUAUACGACGUUAUCGGAAGCAGUGCCUUCCAUAAUUAUGACGGUUAUACUGUCUGAUCCUACGGCAGCAUCUGCUACACAAAUGACUCCUCAACUGUUGCUUACAAAAUGGAGUAAAGUUAGAUCUUUUUCUUUUCUGGCCUUUCUUUCUUCCUUUCAUGUGGAGAUUGAUUUGUGUCAAAGAGAGUAUGCACCAUUGAAACAGUAAUUUUUAUCGCAUUACUUUUUGGCCAAGUGGGCUACAUCUGUGGUGCUUCACUCUCUGUCGUCGAAACGGUUAUUUUAAAAACCGUAAAGGGAGAAAUUAAGGUUAGAAAAGAAGUUUUCCUGAUUUGGUGUCAGGUACUAUCGUGAUUUGUCUGCCAAAAAGUAAACUAGGAGCAAAAAGAAAACUAAAAGUGUCUGAAUACAUGGAAAUUUUUAUUUGCAUACCACAAGCCCGGAGAUACAUUAAGUGUUGAACUUGAUUUAUUCUCUGCUUGAUGGAAGGAUGAAUGCUAGACUGAAAAAAAAAAAAAAAAAAA